AUGGCAGCCAGCAGCAGCAGCAGCAGCGGCGGCGGCGGCGGCGGCGGCAGCAGGCGUGCCGGCGAGCUCGACCCGCAGCAGCAGCAGCAGCAGCAGCAGCAGGUUGAGCCGCAGGCGCUUCUCGAAGCUGCUAAGCAGCAAGUGAAACUGCCCAAUCCGCUGGCGCUGCGCAUGGGAGGCGCAGCAGCAGCAGCAGGAGCAGCAGAGACGUCGCCGAGGCCACAUUCGGCGACGCAACCCGCAGCAGCAGCAGCAGCACCAGCAGCAGCAGCAGCACCAGCAGCAGCACCAGCACCAGCAGCAGCAGCAGCACCAGCAGCAGCAGCGAGUGCUCCUGAAGCGGGAGGCAGCAGACUAAUUGAAGUGUUUCUUUGCUGCGGGGGAAAAGACAUGCUGGCUCUGGACUGGCUACCUUUUGUCUCUCGCUAUCUUUACUUUUGUUUGUCUGCUGCAGUGCAGCAGCAGCAGCAGCAGGAAGCCAGGAAGGGCAGGGCUACCUUCAACGAGCCCGCCGUAUUCGCAGCAGCAGCUGCAGCAGCAGCAGCAGCAGCACCUGCAGCAGCAGCAGCUCACAAGCGUCCCAGAGACGAAAAAGCCAAACAGCACGCGCAGGCAAUUGCUGCUGUUCUUGCCAGGGCAGCGCAGCAGCACCUCCAAACCCAGCAGCAGCAGCAGCAGCAGGAGCAGCAGCAAGAGCCCGACAGCAGGACAGAUCGCGCCGUUGAUCCGGAGGUUGCUGCGGAGAGCUUCGCCCCGAGUCCUACUGCUUCUUCAGCAGCAGCAGCAGCAGCAGCAGCAACUCCGGAGGAGACGGGGCUGCUGGAGCUGGAAGUGCCUGUGCUGCUGAAGAUGGAUUUGGCUUUUGUGCUGCUGGACUAUCCUGGCUACGGCUACAGCAAGGGGGAUGUUCCUAGCCCAGAGGGAUGUGUGGGAGCUGCGGUGAGGGGACUCGCUGAGUCUCUCAGACAUCUGCGGGCUAUGAGCGGAGGCAACUGUAAACUGAGGCUAAAUGUUCUGGGGUACUCCUUGGGCGGCGCUGUGGCCCUGGAGGCAGCAAAUAUAAUCUGCAGCGAGUUGCUGUGGAUGGACACUCAAAUCAAGAGAAGCAGAGCGGCCUCCAGCAGCAGCAGCAGCAGCAGCAGCGCAGCAGCAGCGGAGGAGGAAGACCUGUCGUUGUUUUCAGGUGUCUCGACAGCUGAAGCUGACGCUCAUUUUACUUCUCCUGUCAACGCAGCAGAGAUUUGGCCCCCCCUCACCAGUAGGGAAUUCAGCAGCAGCAGCAGCAACAGCAACAGCAGCAAGCCGAGCUCGAGACGAAGCAGCAGCGGCAGCGGUCACGGAAGCGGGACGGAAAGGCGCGGGAGAGAAAGGCGCAGCAGCAGCAGCAGCACGCAGGAAGCAGCAGCGAGAAGCAGAGGACUUAGGUCUGCACAUCCGCAGCAGUUUGCUUCCCCAGUGAGGCCUGCAGCAGCAGGAGCAGCUGCUGCCCCUGGAGAUGCAGCAGCAGCAAGAGCAGCUAGAGUGGGUUCGUGGUCCGCCCCCAACAGCACCGCCAGAAGCAGCAACAGCAGCACAAGCAGCAGCAUCAAGAGCAAGCGCAGCAACAGCAGCGACAGCAGCAGCGGGGAUGAGUCAGACAGCAGCAGCAGCUUUAAGGACGAGGCAGCAGCAGCAGCAGCAGCGGCGGCAGCAGCAGCAGCAGCAGCAGCAGCAGCAGCUAGCCCAUUGGAGGCCCCUCGGGGCUUGCGGGAUUUGGGCCUUGACUUCCGACUGUUCUUACAGGAGCUAAUAAACGAAGACCAAAUGAAGCAGCAGCAGCAGCAGCAGCAGGAAGAGCAGCAGCAUGAUGGGGAGGCUGCAGUGUCUUUUCGCGGUUUGCUGCUGCUGGCUGCAUUCACAACAACAGCAGAUUGUGCUGCUGCUUUCUUUCAGCUGCCUUCGCCUCUAAACUCCGUCUUCAAAUCUUUAAUUGAGUUCAUUCAAGACACAAACACGGUCUGGAACAACGAGGCGGCAAUCCGGCGCUUCUGCAGGACUUUGGCUGUGGGGGGGCGGCUGUUCAGAGGCAGCAAGCUGCUGAUAUUCCACGGCAGCGCCGACACUGUAGUGCCUUGCUGGAUGGGCCAGAGGCUGUUUGCUCUUGCGGGGCAGAGCGGGGCCCUGCACCAAGCAACUCAGCAGCAGCAGCAGCAGCAGCAGCAGCAUAAGCAGCAGCAGCAGCAGCAAGAGAGCCAGCAGCAGCAGCAGCGAGGUGCUUCGCGUCGCACGGGUGAAGGCACUUCAGGCGCCGUGGCGGUUCGGGACGCCGGAGGCAGUGCAGCAGUAACAGCAGCAGAAGCAGCAGCAGCAGCAGCUGCUGCUGCUGCUGCUGUUGCUGCUUCUAAGGAGCGAAACCAGUUGCCGGCAGUGGGCGAAUCGCUGACUGCUGCAGAGGACCACGUAAUGGGUGCAGCAGCACCAGCAGCACCAGCAGCACCAGCAGCAGCAGCAGCUGCUGCUGCUGCUGAGGCAGCUGGGGAGCCCAGCCUGCCGCGAGCUCUGUCAUCUUUUCCUUUUGAAGUUCGGCUUUCGCUGCCAGGCGAAGCAGCUCCUCCGCAGCAGCUGAACAGCGAGUUGCUGCCGCUGGCGCUGCAUGCAGUGGCGGAGGAGCAUGCGCAGCAGCUGCAGCAACAGCAGCAGCAGCGGGCAGCAGCAGCAGCAGCAGAGGGCCCCACGCUGCAGCUGGAGCUGGACCCCUUUGCAGCAGCAGAGGCCCCGGGGGACCCCACAGCGCUGCAGCAGACGCCGCAGCCUCUUUACAGCUGCAGCAUCUCGAGGCGGCACUUUUCUGCUGCUCCUCCCCAGCCAGUGGCAGACUACAGCGACACAGAGGACUGCAACAGCAGCAGCAGCAGCAGCAGCAGUAGCAGCAGCAGCGGCAGAGGGUCUGUGAGCAGCAGCGCAGCACCGGUGGCUUCGAGCCCCCGGGGCUCUCUGACUUUGUCCGUGAGGUGUACAGACACCCCAAUCCCAAGCGAAAUGGAGGAGAAAGCAGCAGUGCCGUCACUUUUUUCAAAUUCCCCUUCCCCAGAGGCUCCUGCUGCUGCUGCUGCUGACGAUGCUGCUGCAGACGCUGAGGCUGCUGCUGCAGCUGCAGCUGCUGGUGCUGAACCCCACCACGGCCUCCCCACCUGUCCAGGGUGUCUGUACAGCCCGCACUUGGAGGUUUGUCAUUUCUUCUGUCCGCUACAGCAGCAGCAGCAGCAGCAGCAGCAGCAGCAGACAGCAGCAGCAGCAGCCAGCACAGCAGCAGCAGCCAGCAGCAGCAGCGUCUGCACUAGAGCUAGUCCAGUUGUCGCAUUCCACACUGCUUUCUUCGAGCUUUGCGGCGCUGAUCACCGGAGUGUCUGCGCAGCUGCGAAGUUCCAGCGGAAGAUUUUCCAGCGGAUGUUCAGCCCCGGGAUGGUGAAGGUGCUGCGAUAG